AUUGCCCGCUGCAUUCACCAAGCACGGCGGACGGUGGAGGGCGGAGAGCGAGCGAGCGAGCGCGAGAGAGAGAGCGCGCAAGGAGGGGUGCGGCUCUGCGCCUGCCCGGGGAUGGUGAGCUGUGCGCCGGGCUGCUAAGACGGAGAGAGAGCCCCGCUCCAGGCCGGGCUCGGGGUGGAUGUGGGCCCGGGGACGGGAAUGGAGUGCGCCCUGGACGCCCAGAGCCUGAUCAGCCUCUCGCUGCGCAAGAUCCACAGCUCGCGGACGCAGCGCGGCGGCAUCAAGCUGCACAAGAACCUCCUGGUCUCUUAUGUGCUCCGCAACGCCCGGCAGCUCUACCUGAGCGAGCGCUACGCCGAGCUCUACCGCCGCCAGCAGAGCCACCACUACCACCACCCCCAGGAAGGCGGGCUGCUGGCCAUGUCGCCCGUCGGAGGAGCAGGCACGCCCGCUUCGCUGGGCGAGAUCGCGGCGGAUUUCAGCCCUCUCCACUUGCCCGUCGAGGCAGCCGACGAGGCGGACGACGGUCUCCAGCACGGGCAGCUGCGGGGCUGCGCCUUGGCUAGAGGGGGCGGCGAGUCGGCGCUGGAGAUGUCCGGGUGCGCCCAGGACGAGGAACCUUUGGCCGGACUGCCUUCGCUCAUGCCGCCCGCUCAACCCCCGGCAACCCUCUCGGGGCUCUGCAGAGACUCUCCUCUGGCUUUCUACCACCGCGCCGCCACGCCGCCGGCGCCCGGGCUGCUUUACGCAGUGCCGGGGAGCUGCGACUUCUCCAGCGGAAGCAACAGCGCCAGCACAGGCUCUGCUGUGCCGUCGGGGCUGGUCCCGGCUCCGUCCCCCUCCGCCUCUCCGCACUGCUCCAGCCGCACCACUGUUUUGGACUUGGACACGCACGUGGUGACCACGGUGGAGAACGGCUACUUGCACCAGGACUGUUGCUCGCCCUGUCCUUGCGGCGGCGGCAGCAGCCCAGGCGCCGCGGUGAUGGGCGUCCCCCCCAGCCCGGGCUACAAGCGCAAAUACUACCCUGGUCACGAGGCCGUGGAGGAAGGAGAAGAAGCAGGAGGCGGUGGGAGACGAGGAGGAGGGGGGUCCGUCGUGGGGACGGCGACCCCCAUUGGUGGUGUGGGCGGUGGCGGUCCCCCUCCUCCGUCUCACCCCGCCUUCGCUCCCUGCCCCAAGCGCGCCCGCUUCGAGGAUUUCAGCGCGGAGCAGCCCCCGACGGCUCCUUCGCCGUCACCGCCGCCACUUCUGACGGCGCCCCCGACGGCGUCUCCUCCCCAGGACUCGUCCAACAUCUCCAACUUGAUUUCCAUCUUCGGCUCCGGUUUUACCGGGCUGGUAAGCCGGCAGCAGCAACAGCACCCCUACCAAGCCCACCAGCAGCAGCAAACCCACCACCAGCAGACGCCCCAGCAAACGCCGCAGCCGGACCCCGAGCAGCCCUUGAACGGGCAACUGUGUAGCAAGCAGGCGCUGGCCAGCUUGGGGGCUUGGACGCGGGCAAUCGUGGCCUUCUAGCCGGGACAGGGAAAGAUCCGACGGGGCGGGAAGGAAGAAAUGCCUGCUGCUUGGCUCUUUUGGUGGGGGUGGGGAGGUUGGGGAGACCCUGAAACAAAGACUGAAGUUGUGGGGAGGGGGGUGGCUUGGGGCAGUUGACAAGCCAAGCGAAUGUUUGUUUUUUUUCUAAAUUGUACCAUAGAAUUUACUUCGAAGAUUCUUGCGCCUUUAUUUUUCCAGAGAUGAUGAAGAAAUAGUACCUAUUUAAACAAAAAGCCCCAACAACAACAACAAGAGUUCUUUUGUGUCUUCCCCCCCACCCCUGGAUGGUGUUGAGUUGUUUCGUUUUUUUAUUUAACUCUUUCCAGGCUUUAUUGUAUUUCAUUUUUAUUUGCCCCCCAAAAACAUUGGUGGGGAGGGGAGGAAUGCAGGAGGUGAAAAGAUGGAUAAGGAGAAUAAGCUGUGUGUGAGAGAAAAGAGUUUACACCCGAGGUUAUAGUGCUUUAGGGAAAAGGUAGUUCUGGCCAUUGAAUUGUGACUCUCCAAAAUUAGGGGAGAACUUAAAUACCUGAAGCAACUCCUAUCUCCCUCCCACAAGAAGUGUUGUAGAACUUGACACAUUACCUUUUUCAACUGAGCCCAGAAUAGUCUGCAGAACUAUGGGCUGAAUGGGGGGGCUUUUAUGCAUUAUUAUUAUUUUUACUAUUACUAUUACUAUUAUUUAAAAAACAUUUAAACCAGAAAACUGGCUGUGUUUCUUUAGCAAUCUAAACUUUCCAAAAUGCAUUUUAAAAGGGGUGGGUUUCUAUAGCUUUUCUUCUUCCUGUCCCCCAAAACAGACACAUUUCUAUGGGGCUGGGAUGUUUCCCUGCGUAGUCGCUUGACUUCUUAUAAGGGGAAGGUGGGGUGGUCCUUCCUAAUUCCUGCUAGGGGUUCAUAGGAGUUUUGGGAUAGUGGAACAGACGGGGGUGGGGGGUGGACUCUCCUUCCUUGACCAUCUGUCAAGGAUGCUUUCGCUAUGAUUUCUGCAUUGCAGGAGGUUGGAGUAGAUGACCCUUGGGGUCCCUCCCAACUUUACAGUUCUAUGAAACCCCCCCCCCCUAAAUAAUAAUAAAAACUUGCUAACAUAAAAAAACAUAGUUGAAAACAUCAACAGAGUGUACAACUUUUCCUAGUUGAAAUCUGGAUGAUGUGAUUAAGUAUAUGUAGCCUAAUUUCAUGUGAGGGUCUCUUUCCCCUUUUGUAUUAUUUGCCAUUCCUUGAAGUAUAUAGUUCUGUCCAACACUGCUCUUUUUAAAAAAAAAGUUUGGGGGAGGAAAGGUGGGGAGUGAUGAGAUCUCAACUACUUUACCCAUCAUGCAUAGCGCUCUCACAGGUCCUGCCUCCCUCCCUUCCCCCCAAAUGUGUGUGUGUGUGAAUGCCACAAGUAAAUGUGUUAACACUAUUUUCAUGUCUUUAAAUGUGGUGGGUGGUUUGUUUUUCCCCCUUCUCAAAAUAUUUUGAACUCUCCUGAUGCAACCAGCAAUUGUUUGGUCCUAUGUGCAAAACAAGGUCUGUGUUUCUGUAACCCUAUUCUUUUUUUCUUUCAAAUAAACUUUGUGUUCUUUUUAUUAAAGGGAGAAAAUAAAGAACCUUUUGUUGUAAAAAGGUGGAUUUUUCUGCUUUUGCCAUCCAGCUUUCACAUUAAAGCACUGUGUGUAUUAAAGGACGCGUCCCUAAGCAUUAUUUUUCCCCUCUUUGUAUUUCUGUAUAUUUUUGUGUGUGUGCAUACUGAAUUGUAUAUCACCGGGUAAAACUGUUCAGAUUUGUUUAAAUUUAUAAUCUUAAUAAAAAGUCCAAUUAU